CUUUAAGUAUAUAGUUACAGAUGAUAUGGAACCCAAACACUUUUAAGCCCCGAAGCAGAAAGUUUGGAAUUAGGGUUUUGUACAUUUGGGGUUUGGAAGAACGAAUCCGAACGCAACCUUAAUUAUUAUUAUUGUUUUAUUUUUCAAAAGAAGAAAAAAUACAAAAAAAAAAGGAAACAACUGCUUCUGGAAUUGCACUGACCCUGGGUUUUCCAUCUAGGCUCUAGCUAUACCUUCACAGCAGAUACUAAUAUACUAUCUCGAUAGAUUUCUAUAUAUGGUUGAUCUCUUUUUUUCUAAAUCUAUUUUGCUCCGAAAAUUUUCUCAUUUUUGAUCAUUCCCUUCAUUCUGUAGUUUUCCUUGUAUGAUUGUAUCUAAUCUGUCUUAUUUCUUCUCUCAUGCAAUCAAUAUUCCUUUCACAUUUAAGUUUCUGGGAGCACUCUGCAACUUGUGUAUUACAUCUUAUCCAUUUAUUUUGUAAUUUUGCGUUUUCUUAUUUUGGAUUGCUGGGCUCUCGUCUCUUCCAAGGUCCCUGUUGCUUCUUCUGAGUCCUGCUCAGCAGUCUCAUCCUCUGAAAAGUUGGGUUUUGGGGCUUUGGGGUUUUUAGGCAUCACCUUUCUGUCUUAUGCGUUGCUCUAGUUUGCAUCCAUUGCUUUUGGGGUUUUGAAUUUGUGAGCUCCUCCUCCACUUUCCAUAUCCGAAUUUCGAAACACUUCACUGAAUCUGGGUGUUUGACUUUUUGGAUCUUCUUCUGUAACUCUGGUUCGUUGUUUUAAUUUUGUUAUUUAUCAAGUGUAACAACCAAUGGCCAUUGUCAGUGGAAGGCAUGGGAGAUGCUGAGCCCAAGGAGGAAGAACGGUAACUCAGACGUUGUAAAACUCUCCACGAUUCCGUGCCCAUGGAGAAAUCACCGGAGCUUCUCGGUCCAAUGGGCCUAAUAAAGAGACAUGAAUUUGUAAGAGUUAUUGUUCAGUGUCUUUACUCCUUAGGCUACAAAAAGUCUGCUUCGCUUUUGGAAUCAGAAUCUGGUAUUUCGUACAAAUCUUCGGAAUUCACGUUACUCGAGUCUCAAAUCCUUAAUGCUAAUUGGGAUGACUGUAUCAAUACUAUUUGUACAAUUGAGAAUUUGAUUGCGGAAAGUCAAGCUUCGGCUUCGUUUCUCAUCCUUCGGCAGUGUAUUUUGGAGUCUUUGAGCCGAGGAGAUGAAUUUUCUGCAUUGGCAGUUGUUCGGAAACACAUUUCUAAAACAGGGAUAGACGCAGAGAAAGUUAGAAAGCUUGUAUCUAGUAUCAUUUCUCCAGAGGAGAUAGGGUUGGGUAAGAUAGAUGAAAGUUUUAUUAGGGAUUUGCGACGGAGAUUGUUGUUAGAGUUGGAAAAUUUGCUUACUCCACCAAUUGCAGUGCCUGACGGAAGGUUGGAACAUCUAAUCGAGAUGGCACUUAUCACUCAGAGGGAUUCUUGUAUCUAUCAUAACUCAUCUGAUAGAAUUUCACUAUACGAGGACCAUUGCUGCGGUCGUGAUCAGAUUCCUACUGAGACUGUUCAGCAGAUCUUAAAUCACCAUGAGAAUGAGGUUUGGUUUGUACAAUUUUCAAAUAACGGGGAAUACUUAGCAUCAUCUUCGAGUGACUGCACAGCCAUAAUAUGGAAGAUUCCAGUUUUGGGAUUUUUUUUUCAGGUAUCAGAAGAAGGUUUUGUGUCAUUGAAACACAGACUGUGCAACCACCAAAAUCCUGUUUCUUUUGUGGCAUGGAGCCCUGAUGAUACAAUGCUACUGACAUGUGGAAACCACGAAGUUCUCAAACUAUGGGAUGUGGAGACAGGAAACUGCAAGCACACAUUUGGUGAGCGGACCCCUGUUGUCACCUCGUGUGCUUGGUUUCCUGAUUCAAAGAGGCUGGUCUCUGGUAGCUCUGACCCAAAAAAUUGUAUCUACACAUGGGACCUCAAUGGCAAUGAGCUGGAGGCAUGGAAAGGGGGGAGGUUGCCUAAGGUCUCAGACCUUGCUGUGACACCUGAUGGGGAUCAUCUGAUCAGUGUCUUUCAUGAGAAAGAGAUUCGCAUAUACAAUUYCAGGACAAAAUCAGAGCAGAWUAUCUCAGAGGAGAAUGCUAUCACAUCGCUUUCUGUUUCUAGAGAUGGCCGAUUUCUGAUAGUCAAUCUCAAUAGCCAAGAGAUCCAUUUGUGGGGUGUUGCCGAGAAAUGGGACAAACCAUUGAAGUAUGUGGGCCACAGACAAGGGAAGUAUGUGAUUCGUUCUUGCUUUGGUGGUUUGAAUUGCAUGUUCAUAGCCAGUGGUAGUGAAGAUUCACAGGUUUACAUCUGGAACCGAAAGAGCUGCAAGCCCAUUGAGGUUUUGCCAGGCCAUAGAAUGACUGUAAAUUGUGUAAGCUGGAACCCGAGAAGACCCCAAAUGUUAGCUUCAGCAAGUGAUGAUCAAACAAUCAGGAUAUGGGGGCCAAGCAGAAGUAAAAAGAAAGUCUGAGAAGUUUUCGUCCAUGUGGUAACAUAUUUUGUGAGCUAUGUAGAUGCUGUAACGGAAUUUUAAGUCGUUUUUUCGUCAGCCUUUUCCCCACCAGGGAUUAUUUUUUCAUGUUCAUGUAAAUCUGAGGUUUUCUUCCUUCUACCUAGAAAAAUUGCUAGACCAUCUCAAUGUAAAUGCCUUCCCCAUUAGUCGAGUAACCCAUUUCUAAUCAAUUUUCAAUGUGCUUGGAUUCGAGAAGUUGUUUCAAUAUUGUACUUUCAGAGUUGUUUUCCUUA